AUGGGCACGACAAAUUUUAAUAAUUUUGAUGAAAUGGAUGGAUCGGAUAUUUAUGAUGAACUGAUUGGUUCAAGAGGUUAUGGUGAAGAAGAUUGGAUAAGGCAAAGUUUAGACGAUGAUAAUAAUACGUCACCACCUUCAUCGUCUCAUCAUACCAAUGCAGCAACAACGCUUGAUCUGAAUACAAAUCUUCGAUCUUGUCCAUCACCUUUGGCUCAGAUACCAACACGAGAUCAGUUUUGUUUUGAUCAACCACCGCAGUUAUCACCUGAACCAAAUGAACGACCAACUUUUCAUCAUUUGACGAAUCCUGUUCAACAACGCCAGCAACAAUAUUGUGUCGGUGCAGUUCCCGCUAAUGCUACUAAUAAUUCGCAGACAAAUGACUUGACUGAACUCGAUUAUACAAUAUGUUCCGAACUUGGUGUUAUACCGAUAUCAACUGAUUUACAACAGCUACAUACUAAUAAUAAUUUACAACAAUUAUCGUCGCAAGUAACAACUGCACAACAACGUCAAGAAGUUCAUUUGAUUCAUGCUCCAAAUCCUAAUGAUUUACAGUUAAGUCAACAAAUUCAGACUGAAAUUCAGUUAAUUCAGCAACAACCACAAUCAACUCAGCCACAAGAAAUCCACAUAAUUCAACAGCCUAGUGCAGAUUUACAACAGUUAACUGCACAGCCACAACAAUCAUCUGUAUUGCAGUAUUCUAAUGGAAAUAUAGCAACACAAGCUUCGGGCUGUGUACAAGGACAGUGGUUUGUCCCCGCUCAACUUCAGCAAGUACAAACGAAUGGUGGAACUGUUUUCGUUGUUCCAUCGCAGUCGGCUGGUGUAAUUCGUGGUAUAACAAAUCAAACAACAGGGCAAAUUAUCGCUCCAACUGUUACACAUUUGCCAAUGGUUACAACUACACAACAAGAUGGUCAACCGCAACAGUUACAGCAUAUUGUGCAAACCAUUCCACAACAACAACAGCAGAAUCGUCCGGUUGUUAGUAAAGAAUCAAUAGCAUAUACGGUUAUCUCAAGUGGUAAUGUACGACAGCCAUCUGUUAUGCGGCAAUUGCUUUCUCAACCAAGUAGUAUGCGUCCAACUUUGCAUUCAGUGCAACCAUCUACUAGUUAUUCCACUACUGUGCCACGAUCACGACAGCGGAAUAUACAGCCUAGAGCAAAUGGCCGACGAAGGAAUAAUACGCAGCAAGGCAGUACCUUGGGUUCUGUUCUUACGACGGCAAAUCAGUUAGCUGCACAAUCAUCCACUGAUCCUCUACAGAAUCGCAAUAUUUUGCCAAUACAAGGGCAGAUAGACUUACGAUUAAGUAAAGAGAAUGCUGAUCAAGUUGCUAAAUUAUCUUCUGAAAUCGAAAGGCUUGUAUCGCUGCAGGAACAAUAUAAUGUUGAUCACUCAGCACAGAUAGAUGAUCUUGUGAAAAAAAGAGCUGCCAUAUUUUUUCAGACUCUUGUGGAACAACAUGGUGAUGUACAGUUGUUGACAGCGGCGUCGACAGGUGCAUCAAAUUCAUCAAUGCAGAUUCCUGCUGUUCGCUCCAGAAAUAAUUAUCGUUCACAAGCAUCGACGCACCACCAAAUUAUUCAACAUCAAGUUCAGCCGUCAACAAGUUAUGAACAAUCACAACAACAAACGGUGGUGUAUGGUACUGCUCAAAAUGUAAUUCAUCAAAUUGUUCAACAUCAGGUCCAACCUUCAACAAGUUAUGAGCAGCCACAACAAACAGUAGUGUAUGGUGCCACUCAAAAUAAUGGUCCAGUAUAUUCAAAUGCUCAUUAUCCAACAAUCUCUCAAUCACUGCAGCGCAAUACUUAUGAACAGCGUCUAAAUAGUGCUGUUCAAAUGCAACAGGCUAAUUUGGUUGUAAAUGCAGAAUCCAACUCAGCCAGAUAUUCUGUGGCUCCACCACCACGCUUGCAAAGUAAAAGCGAGGCUGUUGCAUGUUUUACAAAUAAAAAAAAUAUUAGAGGAGAAAGAAUGAUCUUCUUUGAAGGAUCGUCACAUUCCAUCACUUUCCAGAGCGCUGCUCUAUCAACUGAAUCGAAGGCAGUUGUAAAAUCGAUGAAGCAAGUGAACGGUGGAUUGCUAUUAUUUGAAGCGUUGUUUCAGUACCCUUCUUAGUUGAAAAGUUAUUUUUCACAGUUGUUGCAAUCGAUCUCUUCUUCCGAUCUUAAUACACCCUUCAAAAAUGUAAAAGAUGUUAUUGAACGACUUAUCCCCUUUCAUUUUUAUUAUGAACCUGAUCUCAGUGAUGAUACUCUUGGUCAAUUUGAUCAUAAUUAUUUGCGUUGCUUUGUCCAUUUGACGGACCGGCUUAUCCAUAUUGAGCGUCAUAUGAGGGAUAUUUUUUUCCGACAAUCUAUAGGAGAUUCGUUCAAAGAGGAAGUUACUUUAUUACUGGCAUUGGACCACGAUUACGAAAGACGAGCUCUGGAGAGGGAACGUCAUGAGGUGUUAAAAGAUCGAGAUGCCUUUCUCUCAAAACUAACGGUUUCUCACGUAAUUAAUGAGGAAUUCAUUGCAAGACGAAGAAAAGAAAUUGAAGCAAAACGGUCUACCUACAAAUCUCAAAUCAACUUCGAAUAUCCUGAUUUUUCGGAAGAGGAGAUCAAGGCACGUGUAAUAAGUCCAUAUCCAGAUUCAGAAUCUUGUUAUUCAGUGGAAUCUAGUAACGAUUCAGUGACUAAUAUUGAAGAAUCUAAACAAAGGAAUAUGUUACGGUCUCAAGAAAGGAUAUCUGGUAACGGCGUUGCAGAUCAUAUGGGAAAAGUUGACCUAACAGUUGAAAAAAAAGUCGAAGGUGGCGCUAAUGCAGUUGCAGAAAUAGCGUGUGGCAAAAUUCAGCAGGCGAUAUUUGGUAUGCGAGAGGAGGAGAAUAUUCCUCCAGCGAAAAUGUCUUUCUAUAAAAACAUUCAUGUGCAACAGAUAAAUGAAAAUGAAACCAGAAUUUUGCCUUCAUCCAAAUAUGAGUCUGAUAUUUUGUUACCAGCACAUUCCGAAACAUCAGUCGAUUCCAGUCCAUCUCCUGAAUUGUCCAGUUCAUUUUAUCAAUCUCCUCAUGUAAACUCAACGGGAUUUAAUGAGUGUGAUGAUGCAAAAGAGAAGCAAAAAAUAAAAUUAACCGAAUGUAAAGUGAAGGAAACAGAAUGUAAGCUGAAACUGAGAUUAUCAAAUAUGGAUUAUAAAGAAAAUUCCAGUUGCUCAAUGCUACCAAGUACAAGUGAAAUUAUUGCAAAAGAAAGAAUUUAUCAAGUUGAGGAGUUACAUGUGGAUGGUGGCAUCAGUGAAAACGAAAUGUGUAAGAAAGAAGAAAGAAGACCAAUCGUAUUGAAGCUACCUCUAAAGAACAAUUUUUCUAAAAAAAGUAUCGAAAAAGAACGAAAGAGACGGAAAAUUAGCAAAAAGCAAGAUCCAAAACGGCAAAAAUUCGAAUAUGUGUGCUAUAAUGAGACAAAUGACGAAUCGUCAGAUCACAUAAAAUUGCGGAUUUCACGUGUGCAGUCAUCUUCAUUAUAUGCAAAUUUUUCUGCAUCUUCUUUUUGUUUUUCUGCUAAUAAUAGUAGUUCUGCCGAUACGAAAGGAAGAUCGCCAGUUCAGAAAACAGAUGCAGAGAAAUUCAAUCGAAAUAUUAUUUCAGUGGAUAAUAAUUCCUUUACUUCAAAACACUUUGAAAAAGAAUCUAAUAAUACGAUUGCUGCGCAAAAUUUAACUGCCCAUCCGAAAAUACCGAAACUUCGAAUUCGUCUUGGUAGAGAUAUACCUGCAGGCGAUCGCUGUCAAAGCGUGAAUGAUGAAGAAAUAAUAUUUCGCCAUCCGAAAUCUGAAUAUGACGAAGAAAAGUUUUAUCAAAAAUCUGUUAAAAGUCAUAAAACAGUUGAAAAAUUUAACACCUCAUCGACUUUAUCUUUUCAAACAAAUUUUCCGCCAGCAGUUGGUGGUUCAAAAAAUCCGAAACACUUGAAAUCAUGCUUUUCGUCAGAUGUACAGUUCUCAUCUUCAUCAGAUACUUCAGACGAUGAAGCAGAUAGUGAAUUGCGAGCACAAACAGAUACAGUUCUGAAGCAUUUGAAUAACUGGACGUCGAAUCCUUCCUCAUGCGACCAUUCUAGUAUUUUAUCUAAUUUGACUGAUAAUAGUCCAAUAACGAACAGUACAACACAUCAAAAUAUUGCAAUACCUCGAAAAAAUGUAAAUAUUAAGAAGUUUGUUGAAGUUUAG